AGGAAGCGGCCGCCGUUGCCUAGCGCCGCCGCUGCUCUCCCCCGCCCUCGCCCCCGCACCGGCGCCGGGCCUGCGCUGCGCUGCGCGCCCACCAUGAAGGCCAUCGUACAGCGGGUGGCCCAGGCCAGUGUCACAGUGGGUGGUGAACAAAUAAGUUCAAUAGGACGAGGUCUAUGUGUGCUGCUGGGCAUUUCUUUGGAAGACACACAAAGAGAGCUGGAGCACAUGGUUCGAAAGAUUUUGAACCUGCGAGUAUUUGAAGAUGAAAGUGGGAAGCACUGGUCCAAAAGUGUGAUGGAUAAACAGUAUGAAGUGUUGUGUGUGAGCCAAUUUACUCUCCAGUGCAUCCUGAAAGGAAACAAGCCCGACUACCACAUGGCAAUGCCCACAGAGCAGGCAGAGUGUUUUUAUAACAACUUCCUAGAGCAGCUAAGAAAAGCCUACAAACCGGAGCUUAUUAAAGAUGGCAAGUUUGGUGCCUACAUGCAGGUACACAUCCAGAAUGAUGGUCCUGUAACAAUAGAACUGGAGUCCCCAGCUGCCACUGUUGACCCUAAACAGCUGACAAAACUUGAAAAACAGCAACAAAGGAAAGAGAAGACCAGAACUAAGGUGCCCUCUGAGUCGAGUAGAGAAAGAAACAUCCCCCGUAACAAGGAUGACCCCAGUGCAAGCAGUGGAGCGGAAGGAGAUGUGUCUUCGGAAAGAGAGCCUUAGCUCAUCCAAAGAAGUUUAUCAUACAAAAGCUACACUGGGUUCUUGGAGAGAAAGACCCAACAGACAUUCACCUCAGAAUCACUCUUCUACAGCUUUGGAAAAGAAUGGAAAAUGGGAAAACGGAACUAAGACAUUAGAAACCUGUGUAUCAUUCUGUAUUGAAGCAACCAAAGCAAUGCUAUCAGAUUCAGUUGUUACUGUGUAGUGUCAGUAGUAAAAAGGAUUUGUAACAUUUUUGUGUAUGUGUUUUUCACAUGACUGCUGAAUAAAGGGUGACUGUAGGCAGACUGUAGCGGAACAUUCACUCUCAGUACUCCAUUUCAGAGACAAAUCAGGGUUUUUCCUUAAACUUACACUUGAAUUCUGAAAAUGAUCCAGGCAGGCUUGUGUUUCGAUUCUCAAUCUAUGGUGUCAUGUGCUACCUGUUUCCAUGGCAGCGUGUAGAUCUGUGCAUAUUUGGGUAUAUUGUUCAGCUGCUGCGUAACGCCAGGUUACACAGUCCAGCCUCUCUGCAUGGAUUAAAUCAUUAAAAGAUCAGCUGCUAGUCGUUUAUCACGUGGGAACACAUCUGUCUUGUAAACUUUUUUAAAACAAGAAAAGACUUUAUUAAACAAAUGAUG